AUGUCAAAGAAAAGUCGUGCCAAGGGAGAGAAGACCGACAUGGAGAUUGAAGCCCUGCAAGCUGCUAAUGAGGAACUACGAAGUAAACUAACCAACAUCCAGAUAGAAUUUCAGCAAGAAAAAAGCAAGGUGGGUAAAUUGAGAGAGAAAAUCCAAGAGGUUAAGCAAGAAAGGGAGCAGGAGCAGCACAAGCACACUGCCUACGUUUCUGAACUGAAAGCCAAGCUCCACGAGGAGAAAAUGAAGGAACUUCAGAGUGUCAGAGAGCUACUGAUCAGGCAGCAUGAGCAGGAGGUAGCGAGAAUGGUGAAAAUCAAGGAUGGUGAAAUUCAGCGUUUGCAGUCAACAGUCAAUGUCCUGCGGGACGGGGCAGCUGACAAAGUGAAGACAGCGCUGCUGAGCGAAGCGAAGGAGGAGGCUCGCAAGGCGUUUGACGGUGAACGGAUGAAGUUGCAACAGGAGAUCUUGGAGCUGAAAUCUGGCAAAAAGCAGCUGGAAGAAGCUUUGAACAACAUUAUGCAGGCGGAUAAAAUGAAGGCUGCUGACCUGCGCACGGCUUAUCAGUCCCAUCAGGAUGAGAUUACUAGAAUAAAGCGUGAAUGCGAGAGAGAGAUCCGCAGGCUGAUGGAUGAGAUAAAAGGCAAAGACAGAGUGAUUCUGGCUCUGGAGAAAGACCUUGGUGUCCAGGCAGGCCAUACACAGAAACUGCUCCUUCAGAAAGAAGCUCUGGAUGAACAGCUUGUCCAAGUGAAGGAGGCAGAACGAUAUCACAGUAGUCCAAAAAGAGAGCUUCCUGCAGGAGUGGGGGAUAUCACCGAACUGAUGGGAAGCCCGGAGCAGCAUUUGGAUGAACGAGAUGUGCGGAGAUUUCAGUUAAAAAUUGCUGAACUGAAUGCUGUAAUAAGGAAGCUGGAAGACAGAAAUACUCUGUUAGCAGAUGAAAGAAAUGAACUGCUGAAACGUUCUCGAGAGACAGAAAGUCAGCUGAAGCCUUUGGUAGAAAAAAAUAAGAGAAUGAGCAAAAAAAAUGAUGAUAUGUUGCAAUGUAUCCAGAGAAUGGAAGAGAAAAUAAAAAAUCUAUCAAGGGAAAAUGUAGAAUUGAAAGAGAAGUUAUCUGCACAACCAGCACUGAAGAGGCACACGUCUUUGAAUGAUCUCAGCAGCACACGGGAGGAACAAGAAAUUGAAUUCCUUAGACUGCAAGUCAAAGAACAGCAGCAUGUUAUUGAUGAUCUCACAGUGGAAAGGGAACGAUUAUUACGGUCUAAAAAACAGAAGAGGAAAAGUCUGAAACCUCCAAAGAGGCAUGUUGUGGAGACAUUUUUUGGAUUUGAUGAAGAAUCUGUUGAUUCAGAAACGUCAUCUGUGACUUCAUAUAACACAGAUAAAACAGACAGGACACCAGCAACACCCGAAGAAGAUUUGGAAGAUAGCACGCCUAAAGAAGAAGCUGAACUAAGGUUCUGCCAGCUAACAAGAGAGUAUCAAGCUUUGCAAAGAGCAUAUGCAUUGCUUCAAGAACAAGUUGGUGGAACCCUGGAUGCAGAGAGAGAAGCACGGACUCGUGAACAACUGCAAGCUGAUCUUCUCAGGUGUCAGGCAAAAAUUGAGGACCUGGAGAAAGCCCUAAUCGAGAAAGGACAGGAUUCAAAAUGGGUAGAAGAAAAGCAGCUGUUAAUCAGAACAAAUCAGGAGUUGCUAGAGAAGAUUUACAGAAUGGAACAAGAAGAGCAUCAGCUGAAGAACGAGAUGCAAGAUGCAAAAGACCAGAAUGAGCUGUUAGAAUUCAGAGUGCUAGAGCUUGAAGUAAGAGAUUCUCUCUGUUGCAAACUCUCAAAUGGAGCAGAAAUAAUGUUUGAACCCAAGCUGAAAUUCCUGUAA